AUGUUGGAAACCUUGUCAAGAAAGUGGAUUGUCUCACACAGAAUGGAGAUGUGGCUUCUGAUUCUGGUGGCGUAUAUGUUCCAGAGAAAUGUGAAUUCAGUACAUAUGCCAACUAAAGCUGUGGACCCAGAAGCAUUCAUGAAUAUUAGUGAAAUCAUCCAACAUCAAGGCUAUCCCUGUGAGGAAUAUGAAGUCACAACUGAAGAUGGGUAUAUCCUUUCUGUUAACCGGAUUCCUCGAGGCCUAGCGCAACCUAAGAAGACAGGUUCCAGGCCUGUGGUGUUACUGCAGCAUGGUCUAGUUGGAGGCGCUAGCAACUGGAUUUCCAACCUGCCCAAUAAUAGCCUGGGCUUCAUUCUGGCAGAUGCUGGUUUUGACGUGUGGAUGGGGAACAGCAGGGGAAAUGCCUGGUCUCGAAAACACAAGACCCUCUCCAUAGACCAAGAUGAGUUCUGGGCUUUCAGUUAUGAUGAGAUGGCUAGGUUUGACCUUCCUGCAGUGAUAAACUUUAUUUUGCAGAAAACAGGCCAGGAAAAGAUCUAUUAUGUCGGCUAUUCACAGGGCACCACCAUGGGCUUUAUUGCAUUUUCCACCAUGCCAGAGCUGGCUCAGAAAAUCAAAAUGUAUUUUGCUUUAGCACCCGUAGCCACUCUUAAGCAUGCAAAAAGCCCUGGGACCAAAUUUUUGUUGCUGCCAGAUAUGAUGAUCAAGGGAUUGUUUGGCAAAAAAGAAUUUCUGUAUCAGACCAGAUUUCUCAGACAGCUUGUUAUUUACCUUUGUGGCCAGGUGAUUCUUGAUCAGAUUUGUAGUAAUGUCAUGUUACUUCUGGGUGGAUUCAACACCAACAAUAUGAAUAUGAGCCGAGCAAAUGUAUAUGUUGCCCACACUCUUGCUGGAAUAUCUGUGCAAAAUAUUCUACACUGGAGCCAGACAGUGAAUUCUGGUGAACUCCGGGCAUUUGACUGGGGGAGCGAGACCAAAAAUCUGGAAAAAUGCAAUCAGCCAACUCCUGUAAGGUACAGAGUCAGAGAUAUGACGGUCCCUACAGCAAUGUGGACAGGAGGUCAGGACUGGAUUUCAAAUCCAGAAGACGUGAAAAUGCUGCUCUCCGAGGUGACCAACCUCAUCUACCAUAAGAAUAUUCCUGAAUGGGCUCACGUGGAUUUCAUCUGGGGUUUGGAUGCUCCUCGCCGUAUGUACAAUGAAAUCAUCCAUCUGAUGCAGCAGGAGGAGACCAACCUUUCCUAGGGACGGUGUGAGGCCGUGUUGUGAAGCAUCCGACACUGACAAGCUUAGGACAGCCUCAUGAGGGAUGGGGCUAGGACCCAUGAAGGCAGAAUUACAGAGGACAGAGACCUAGUAUACAUUUUUCAGAUUCCCUGCACUUGGCACUAAAUCUGACACUUAUGUUUACAUUAUUUUUCAGUAAAUUAGUCCUUAUUGGGUAAAUAGAGGCUUCACAUGCUAUUAUAUAUUCUACCAUCUUGAAGGGUAGUUUUAACUGACAGCCAGAAAGUAUCUAGACAUUCUCUAUAUCAUUCAGGUAAAUCUCUUUAAAACACUUAUUUUUUUCUAUAAGCCAUAUUUUUGGAGCACUAAAGUAAAAUGACAAAUUGGGACAGAACUUGAGGUCUGGAGUCUCUUGAUUAUUGUUGACUUUGACAAAAUAAGCUAGACAUUUUCACCUUGUUGUCAUAGAGACAUAACACUACCUCAGGAAGCUGAGCUGCUUUAACAACAACAACAACAAAAUCAAUGUUAUAGUAUGGAUGAAAUAUGUGUUAAGCAUUCUCAGAAUAAGGCCAAGUUUUAUAGUUGGAUCUCAGGGAAGAAAAUUUUAUGGGAUGUUUAUGAGUUCUCCAAUAAAUGCACUCUGCAUUACAUAAAGCAUGUAUGUGCAUUUCAGUGUCUAGAUUCUAGUCCAAGCUUGUUGGAGGCUUUACAGCUUGUUGCUAGGAGACCUAAUGGCUAGAAAUUUCUGGCUCAAUUUUCUGCCUCCAAAAAUUAAAAGCUAGGGAGAAAAUUGCAUAAUGUCAUGAGCUUGAUUAAACAAAUUAUCACACAUUUUAUCCUUUAAUCUUGACAAAGUUAAUGUCAGACAGUCACCACAACUCAUUCACAAACCACAAUUUAUUUCUUCAGAAAAUUAUUCCACUUUUACACAAUUUCAAAGAUGACAGUUGUAAAUAACAUUGGUACUAUUUUGCAAAAUCUCUGAAACAAAAUCAAAGGUUUGUGUGUGUCAAAAGUAUAUUGUUGAAAGUAUACUGGUGUGUGAAAUUCACUUGUGUGGUUUUAUUUGUCCCCAAGAGUCACCUGGUAGCUCAGCUCAAUUCUAGUGAAUCUUAAUUUAUUAAGACACAUUUAAAGACUUCAGAAUCUAUAUCUACACACUACUACUUCCUUCAUAAAAUAAGUUUCUUAAAGCCGUGUACACAGUUGAAUAUAUAUUGCUGGAUUCGGUUUUCAUUAGAGCUUUCAAGGAUAGUAAAUCUUUCAUUCUUAGACUGUACUUGUUACCACAUACCGAGAAGCUGGCUUAGUCCCUGUCUGCAGCUAUGUGAGAUUCAGUCUUGAUUUUCAAAAUUCAAUCAUAUUUUUAAGUGAGUUUAUUUCUACUCUGUCUCAUUCACAGAGGAAGUGAGACAGAUAUUUUGAUAUUCACAAUCUCUCACUUAGACAAAUAAUCCAGAUCCUACCUCAUUAUAUAGCUCUGUUUCUUUUGAAGAACUUUAUCCAAAUAAGUUACAAUAAUGUUUUACAUUUAUCAAUAAAAGAAACAAAACUAA